GUAUCGACCUACCACCAUCUUCCACUCAGAGUCAGUCUACAGCGAGAUCAGCGAGGUUCAGGACCAAUUACCUUAUCUGGAAGUACUGCCUGAUGAGAACACAUUCCAGUUCAAACCAUCUAGCAGAGUCUACAAAACACAGGCAGCACCACAGUUCCAACCUGGUCAACGUUAUCAGAACUGUGGAUUCAAAAAGGAAACAGAGCAGGAAUUUGAAAAUCUAUUGAGAUGGAUGAAGACAGUGGGAUGCUGGGAAAACAUGCCUCCUUCAUUUUAUGGCCUCAGUCUAGAGGAUGAAACCAGGGAGUUCAGCCAGAGGUGCCUCCAUGUGAAAAAUGGCCUCCAUCUGUUCAACUGCCUGAUAAUGAAGCGUAACGAUACCCUGCGAGGCCAGAUCACAGAGCUCAACGACCUCGCCGAGAAGCUGGACAAAGUACAGAAAACCAAAACCAUGAGCAUCGCAGGGGGCACCACGGGUGCCGUGGGAGGGGCGGUGGCUGUUGUGGGCAUUGUCCUCGCCCCCAUGACCAUGGGUGCCUCCCUCAUAGCCACGGCAGUUGGGGCGGGCAUGGUGGCGUCAGGUAGUGGGAUGGGAAUCAAAGCGGCCAUGGACAACAACAAAAGCAACUCUGUGGACAGGAAGAGGCUGGAGGAGGUGGUGCAGAAGUACAAAGCCGAGAUAGCAGACGUGGUGUGGUCUCUUUGCUUCAUCCACAGUGGGAUGGCUGAGCUGAGGCAGUACAACCUCCACAGGCUCCAGCAUGCUGAUCCUGAGGCCCUGCGGAUAGCCAGGGUGGCAGGGGCAGUGCAUCCUGGGUGUAAUAAGUCCCAACAGUUGGGCAUGAAGUCUGAGAUGAUCCUGCAAGGGUUUGCCAGAGACAUGGACCUGUAUUAUACUGACAAGGAUGGCCAGAGGCUGAAAAAGGGCUCCGAGACUAAGUUUGCCACCAGGAUCUGUGGUGUGACCCAGGAGCUACAGGAGGAGCUCAAUGAACUGCACCAAGUGUGGCAGACUUUCUCACUAGCGGCCAGUAGAUUUUGAGGUGUGUGUGUGCCGUCGUUAAUGCAGUAAAGGUCUGGCAAUGUUUUGGACACAUGCCAGAUAUUGUUGUUGUGGGGGAGGCCGGAGGGAGGUGCUCAUUUUGGGAGUGUCACGCCCUGGCUCUGGGACUCUUAUAUGUUGAGCCAGGGUGUGUAGAUUCUAUGUGUUUG